AUGGCUGCUCGAUUGAAUAUUUGUUUCGUGCAUCUUUUUGUUCUUGUUGCACAAUUAGUUGCACAAAAUACACAUUUAAUGACAAUGUCUAUAAUGUCUGGUUGGCAAUUUCAAUGUGCAAAUUCAACUUGUUUACCAUUUGCCACUAUUCGUAUGUUGAACAUUCGCAAUUGUCAAAUAGCUUGUUUAGAUCAAGUUCAAUGCCAAGCGAUUACUUUUCAUCAAUCAUCCUCUAAUUGUGAAUUAUUUUCCAAUGUAUUGAAUCAAAAUCGUAAUAUUUCGAUAAAUGCAGGAACUAUCACUAUGAUUGAUAUGUCUGGAACACGAUUUUCAAACGGAUCAAUUACUGUAUCAACAACAGCAACGACAACUGCUUGCAGUAGCCUGUUUCUUGAUCCAACUACAUAUUCAACUGGUUCUACUCCAUUCUCAAUGGUGGUCGCCGAUGUAAACAAUGACAACCAUCUCGAUAUUAUCGUAGCCAACUCUGUGUCAAACAAUGUUGGCAUUUUAUUCAACAUAGGCAACGGUACCUUUCGGAGCCAGACUGUUUAUUCAGUAGGUACUAAUCCACGAUCUGUAGCAGUAGCUGAUGUAAACAACGACAAUAAAUCUGAUAUUGUGGUUGCUAAUUAUAAUUCAAAUACUACCAGCGUUCUUCUUAAUGCAGGCAAUGGUACCUUUCUCAAUCAAACAAUUUACUCUGUUGGAGCCAAUCCAGUUUCGAUAGUAAUAGCCGACAUGAAUAACGAUAACAAGUCGGAUAUUAUUGUAGCAAACUAUAAUUCAAGCAAUAUUGGCAUUCUUUUCAACACGGGUAACGGAACCUUUCUGAAUCAUUCUAUUUUCGAAGUUGGCUCUUAUCCGAUUUCUCUGGUAGUUGCUGACGUGAAUAAUGAUAACAAACCUGAUAUUAUUGUAGCAAAAGAAUAUUCAAAUAAUAUCAGUAUUAUUCUUAACAUGAACAAUGGCGUUUUUCUGAAUAAAGCUAUACAGGUAAAUAGCACUCAUAUAAUCUCCAUAACCGUUGCUGAUGUUAAUAACGAUAACAAACCCGAUAUUAUUACAGUGAAUUGCGAUGCAAAUAGUAUUGGUAUCCUUUUAAAUGCAGGCAAUGGUACCUUUCCGAAUCAAAUUACCCGCUCGGUUGGGGCUUAUCCACGUGCAGUAGCCGUAGGCGAUGUUAAUAGUGACAAUAUACCCGAUAUUGCUGUCGUAAAUGCUGCUGUGAGCAAUGUCGGUAUUCUUCUCAACACAGGUAACGGUACUUUCUUAAAUCAAACAACGUAUUCAGUAGGCGACACUCCAGCAUCAGUUGCACUUAUCGAUGUGAAUAACGACAACAAACCUGAUAUUAUUGUUGCAAAUGCUGGUUCAGACGAGAUCAAUGUUAUUUUACAUUGUUAA